AUGUCGACUUCACUAUUUCCUGCACCAGUUCCACGACGCAAGUAUCCUGUGGAGUUUAAAGCUGGUAAACUUAAGCGAGAAGGAACUUCGAACUUAUUGAAAGCGGACGAUAGGAAAGGUCUUAUUUAUAUGGAUCAGGGUGAUGAUCAAUUGAUGCAUUUUUACUGGAAAGACAGAAAAACUGGAAACGUAGAAGAUGAUUUAAUAGUAUUCCCUGAAGAAGCUGAAUUUGUUCGUGUAGAACAAUGUACCACAGGUCGAGUUUGUUUACUCAAUUUUAAAUCAUCAUCUCAAAAAUUAUUCUUUUGGAUGCAAGAUGCGAAGGAUGAUAAAGAUGAAGAAAAUAUUAAUAAAGUAAAUAGAUUACUUAAUGGAUUGACUGAAAGUAGACAACAAGGUACCAGUAGUACUGGUCCAUUGGGUAGUCCUUUCCGCGCAAUGGAUGAUUUAUCUGGAUUUGAAGUGGAUCAGGAACAGCUAUUGCAAUUGCUUCAAGGUCAUGGUGCCUUCGGUGGAAGUUUGCCCAUCACAUCUACUACACCUGCUAGUGAACCACAAUCAGCCACUGCUGCAACAUCAGAGGCUGGCACUGGUGCACAAACAUCCGAGAACAUGCUUACUCCUGAACAGCUAGGCAGUUUGCGAAAUAUUUUGUCUGAAAUACAGGUUCCCGAAGGUGUAAACCAACAAUCUGAUGUGAAUCUUAUUGACGUUCUUACACCUUCUGAAAUCAGCCCAUUAUUAAGUAAUCCUGAAGUAGCGUCUGCUUUGUUUCCACAUUUGCCUAGCGAUAUCAAUAGAACACCUGAGGAAUUACGAGAAGUUAUCCAAAGUCCACAAUUUGCUCAAGCAUUACAGUCUUUAAGCGUUGCUUUGCAAUCAGGACAGCUAGGUCCUCUCCUUACUCAAUUAGGCCUUGAUCCAUCAGCAGGAAGUGGUGUUGAAGCAUUUCUUCGUGCAAUUCAAGAUCAAGUAUCUAGGCAACGAAGAAAUAACCCUGAAGAGGAUAAUGCCGAUGACCAAAGUGGCGAUCCGAGCAAAACAAUAUCACAACCAAACAGUUAUGAAACCAUAGUGGAACAGGAAUUGGAAGAUAUUUAUAAUUACAAUGAAUCAAAACCAUGGUUUCCCACAAGGAUUUACCCACUAAAAUAUACUCAGACUGCACUUUGCCAAAAACUGACCAUCAAAGGAUUCUGUGUGAACCAUGUGGAAAUUGCUCUUAAGGCAAUAUCACCAGCACAUACUACCUCUAGAAAUAAAAAAGGUGGGUUUGAAGACAAACUUAAAGAUAUAGUGGAAGAAAAAGAUAUCAAAUCAAAACUCUACAAUGAUGCCAAUAGGAAGCAACAAAGAUUCUUGGCACUUAUACAACAAGAAUAUUACAAAGAAAUACAACCUUUGAAAACCAUCCUCAGAAAGAAAAAUAUCAAACAUAUAAUAGAUCAUUUAGAACAAAAUCUAAAAUUUUUCAAAGAAAUUUUUAGCAGAACAACCAUUACAUAUUAU